GUUGCUUCCUUCUCUCCUCCCAUCCUCUCUCUCUUUCUCUCACCCUCCCCUUUCCUCCUUCGCUAACCCCCCUCCUUGUCUUUCUGCCUGCUCACCGCGCUUUCUUUCGACGUCUUGGUUCCUUGUAGCCGUGACCGGCACCUCCCAGUGUAGUAGCUUGACGGGACGUGUGAUAGGUUAAACAUCCCCCCUGCUUCCUCGACAUCGGAGGUCUGUCGAGCAGGUCACCAUGGGCAAGGGACCAGGAAUGUACUCGGACAUUGGCAAGAAGACCAAAGAUCUUCUCAACAAGGACUACACAUAUGACCAGAAGUUCGUCAUUACCACAAACACACAAUCUGGACUGGCCUUCACCUCCACUGGAGUAAAGAGGGGAGAGGGAUUUUCAGGAGAUGUGAACACCUCAUUCAAGAACAAGAACGUGACAGCCGAUGUCAAAGUUGACACGAAGUCGAACAUCUUUGCAACUGUCACCGUCGACGAAUUUGCACCUGGAGCCAAGAGUGUGUUCACUUUCACUAUUCCCGACCACAAGUCUGGCAAGCUUGAGCUUCUGUACAAGCAAGACUACUGUGGAAUUAGCGGUUCCAUUGGCUUGACUCCUUCACCGAUUGUGGAGGCCACUGGAGCUCUCGGAAACGAGGGAUUCUCUGUCGGUGGUGAGCUUGCCUUUGAUACUGCCUCUGGAUCCCUCAUCAAGUACAAUGCUGGUGUCGGUUUCGUGAAGCCCGACUUCAACGCUUCCUUGAUGUUGGCUGAGAAGGGGGAUCUGCUCAAGGCUUCUUACCUUCACACAGUGAGCCCAGUAUCCAGAACAACUGUGGCUGCUGAAAUCGCCCACAAGUUCUCUAAGAACGAGAACACCUUUACCGUCGGAGGUCUCUACGAGUUGGAUACUUUGACCACUGUGAAGGCACGUUUGAACAACCAUGGAAAGUUGGCAGCCUUGCUCCAGCACGAGUGGAGGCCGAAGUCUUUGAUCACGUUCUCUGGGGAGGUGGACACUAAGUCUUUGGAUAAGACAGCGAAGAUAGGUUUGGCUUUGGCUUUGAAGCCUUGAAAAGAUGGAUUGUCGUUCCCCUGCUCAUGAGGAUUCCUCUGCAAGUUGGUGAUUACGACUAGAAAGAUAUUCUGCGUUGUAAUUUUUGUCUUUGAAGAUGUGAGUGCAGUCUCUGCAUUUAUUAUUCUCUCUUGCAGAGAUGGUAUGGUCACACCUAGAAGAGAAUAAGCGUUUCUGAAGUGCUGCUCAAAUUUAAUGGACAAAAGUACUGUAUUUUCCGGAAAUAGUUAAGACAGUUCCCGUCUCAUGUCAA